GAGUGCAAAAAUCUGGCGUAGUGCAUUGAGGUGAAACAUAAAAAAGUCCACUCUGUAUAUAUUAAUUAUUAAUCAUGCCGAUAAAACAUAAAAAUUGCACCGGUACAGUCAGUGCAGUGUGGUGAAAAUGCUAUUAGUCCGUGCCGUUAACAAAAUUGUUAUCACUUAUGAGUUAUGACCUAUACAGUGAUUACUGAUUAUUAUUAAUAUUUUAUUUUUCUACGAAAUAAUUUUAUACAUAUUAUUCUUUUUCUUCUUAAAAAUGAAGUAUUUUCAUAGUUAUAUUCUUUUUCAUAUUUCAUCUAUAAAAUAGUAUUCAAUUUCCUGCACAGUCUCACGGCGCUCAGCUAGCAAAUUGACCACCGUCAGAUUAACCGUUUUUAUUUCAUCAGUAUCGACUUAUGAACUUCAGUGUUAUAAUAUUUCAUAAAACUCCGGCAUGGUAGUGGAAUUUUCACCUUUAGGAACAUUUUAUGUGGUUGAAGUCAAGUGACCAGAAGGAUAAGUUAACAAAUUAUAGUCAUGAUGAAACGAAUGACUAAAAAAUUGUGUUURUAUUUGGUGCUGGCUCUACUCAUAGUUUGCUUGUUUAAUAUCUUGACAUCCAAGAACAGUGGAACAGAAAUCGAUGUGAAGCAAUAUGACGAAAUAUUCAAGAUUUUUUACAAAUAUCCUAAUGAUARUGAUUUGAACGGUCCAAAAGUAUCCAUGGAUAACACAGAUCUUGUGAGAAAAUUACGAGAGAAAUACCUAGUCAAACCUAUUGAAGAAAAUAAAGGCCGUAGAAAUCGUUAUAAUUUAAAUGACAUGUCGUUAAGAGAUCCAUCUAUGGGACAAGCUGCUGAAAUAACCAAGAUCAUCGAUUAUACAAAAGGAGGUUUUUUUAUUGAAUGCGGAGCUUUGGAUGGUGAAACAAGAUCUAAUACAUUAUACUUUGAACGUUAUUAUGGUUGGACGGGAUUGCUUAUUGAAGCAGAUCCUUUAAAUUUUGUGAAAAUGUUAAACAAGGGYCGUAGAGCAUAUUUAUCACCUACUUGUCUUAGUGUCAAUCCUUAUCCUGAAAUCGUUUCUUUUCUUCAACGUAGUAAUAUGGGUCGAAUAGCAAAUGAUGAGGUUGUAGAAGACGAAGUAAUAUCCAAUGAUUUUGGGRAAAAAAAGUCAUCUGUUGUUAAUGUACAAUGUUUUCCAUUCUAUACAUAUCURUUAGCAUUAAAUGUAACAGUCAUAGAUUAUUUCAGCUUAGAUGUCGAAGGWUCAGAAUUGAAUGUAUUAAAAACUAUUCCAUUUGAUAAGAUCGAUAUAAGAACUUUAUCAGUAGAAUUUUUCCAUGUAAAAGAAGGUGACGAUGGUGUAAGAACAUUUUUGGAAGAUAAAGGGUAUAUAGUAACUGGAAAAGUAACGAGGCAGGAUCGAUUAGCUAAUGAUUACAUAUUUGCAAAACCAUCAGUGCUAACACAAAAUCUAUCAUUUUAUGUAACCUAAUAAAAAAAAAGGUAUGCAAUUUAUGAAUUGGCUAUAGACUGAAGUGCCUAUUGAAAUANUAAGUUUUGAAAUUAAAGUAUUUCAUGUUUAAUCA